ACAGUCUUAAAUCUUAAAUAAAGAUUUCGAAAACAAUUCCGAACAAUAUGAGGGUUUUCUUAUUAUUUUUGUAAGUGACAUUGGAGGAACAUUAUCCUUGUCAUUUCUGUAAACUGAUGUCAGCGACCGCGACUGACCGCGACUGAGUUUAUUUUCGACUAUUGGUUCCACUUCGGACAAGCGUGUACUUUCUCUUUUGGUAUCUGCGGUCUUUAUGGUUUUCUUGCAGUGUGUGUGUGUGUGUGUGUGUAAACCGCGUUUUGCUGAAGGCCGACUCUACUUUCUAGUCGCGUUUCUGUUCAUUUCCGCCGUGGGAGACGUUUGUGCGGAAUAUAGUGGCGUGAAACUCGUUGAAUUCACCGUAAUUAGUAUGCGGACUUGAUGAGAAGAUCGCCCUUAUUUCGUUGCUGGCCGUUACCAUACGCGUUCCGUGUCAAACUCGAUCACGGAUUCGUUUUUAAUAUGAGCUGUGAAUCGCUACAUAGUCAUUUGUAUAUAAAAAAAAAUCUACCGCAAUCAUCUGUUUGUUCUUUGCUGUUCGUGAUCUCGUAAUUUUCACGAAAAAUAUAGCGGAACGUUUUCGAGAGAGAAAAUGAAGCGAUGGCGGAUAUCAUGAGACUGAAUGUACUUGUGACACUUUUAGGAUGUGCGCUACUUCCGUACGUUUAUGCGGAAGAAGAUACCACAGAAUACAAAGGAAAAUAUUUAGGAAAAUUAAACGCGUAUCAUCAUCAAGUAUCUGGUGAUGUUUGGGCCGUGGACCAGCACACGUUGCUGCUGACAAACUUUAAUUAUGAUGGCAAUGGAGCUGACACGUUUUUCUGGGCAGGUGCAUCGAACAGACCAGGCCCACAAGGAUUUAUUGUUCCUGAUGAAUGGGGCAAAACAAAUCUGUUGGAUCGGUACUUUAACAAGGAUUUUACAUUAAUUUUACCGGAUAAUAAAAAGAUUACAGAUAUCAAGUGGUUUGCAGUUUACGACUUACAGAGUCAGAACACUUUUGGUGACGUGUACAUUCCAGACGAGUUUGAUCCACCCGCGCCUCAGAAAAUAUCGCAGUUAUCAACAAGAUCACAUAACGUAUCAUCAGAAUCCAUCAUAAUUUUAGACUCGAAAACUAUCAGCAUUCCUCAGUUCACCUAUAACGGACAAGGCGUAGACACGUAUUUCUGGGUCGGUGUUGGACCACAACCGUCUACCAAAGGUCAAAAAGUUCCCGAUGAAUAUGGAUAUAUGGAUACUAUUAGAGAAUAUAAUAAUGAAGAUAUCAUACUAGAGUUGCCAGGUGAUAUGAGUAUCUUCAAUAUAGACUGGCUGAGUAUUUUCGACGUAAAGACAAAAUCGAACUACGGUUCUGUUAUUAUACCGGAUGGUCUCAACGUGCCACCGUCGUUAGUAAAAGUUAUUAAGCAAACGCAAUCUCUUCCUAAUUGCGUUCAGUUGCACAAGCGGUUUCAAGUCGCCUGGGAAAUAUUUGGUCCACAAAUUACUAUUCAACUGAAAAGUCAAGUCGACGAAGAUGAAUAUGUGGCGUUUGGUAUAUCCGGUUCGGAAUUGUCCAGCAAAAUGGUAGGUGCGGACGUAGCCAUCGCGUAUAUGGACGACACACGUGGAUAUGCUACGGAUUAUAAUAUUACAGCUAACGCACCAUGCGGUAAAGUUCUCGGACAGUAUAAGGGCGUCUGUAAAGACGAUCUUCUCGGCGGUUUGGACAGCAAUCAACUUUAUACUGCAGUAAGAGAAAACGGCAUUAACACUAUCACGUAUAGGCGUACGCUUAUCUCAUCUGAUCCAGGGGACAGAGAAUUUCCUACAGAUAGACCUGUCUAUAUAGUUUGGGCUUUGGGUAAGCUCGAUAAGACUAACAACGAUCCGAGCUUCCAUGAUUUAUAUCCGAGAAGUGACGUAAUACUUGAAUUAGGCCGUAAAGAAUCAGAGAACACGUGCAACGACUUCACCGAGAAUAAUAAUAAAUAUUUUAACAGAGAACCGUGGCAAAAAACAGAGAUAUUUGAUAGAAGCGUCAGAACUUUCAGAGCAACUAUCGGACCUUCUGGAGGAAAAAGAGGAUAUCAGGGAAUCACAGGAAAACCGUCAGUAGGUCUUGCCUGGUACAUCCAAGGCUCGCUGAUACCAGAGUUGUAUCUACGCCGUGGGUUGACGUACAAUUUUCACGUUCACGGUGGCAAUAAUCCACAUAGCGCAAGUCUCUACCAUCCGUUAAUAAUAACCGACGAUUCUUACGGAGGAUACGAUACGCUUAGCGAUCUAGCGCAAAGUAAGAUUAGGGUAUUAGCUGGCGUCGAGUUGACCAGAAGAGGUAGACCACGACCGACCGCAGUUGGGCCUCUUUGUUUAAGUAAACAUAAUGGUCGAGACAGAAGACUGGACGAUAAUUUCUCAUCCUUUAGGAAAUUUAAUAGAACUCUCGUGCAAGUCUGCGAACCAGGAAAAGCUGAUAUAUUGGUGGUCACUCCGAAUUCUUCGUGGCCUGACCUGGUCUAUUAUCAAUCGUUCACGCAUCCGAACAUGGGAUGGAAGAUUCACGUGGUCGAUUCUUAUAUGGAACGGAGUGGAGCAUUUACUUGUAAAUUAUCGUUACUUAUUAUAAUUACAAAUUUACUGUUCCAUCUAAUGUUAUACAUCAGUUAAGUAUAGAAAUUAUAAAAAGUAAAAAUUAUUUUAAAAAUGUAAUUAUGUAAAAAGUAUGGAAGAAUGCAUUCGAUGCUCACAUGCGAUUUAGUACGAAAAAAGCAUCGUGUGCCGUAAACCUAAUAAGUUUAGGUAAUCAGAUAUACAUGUCUACAUUUUUAAUAUAAAAACUGACGAAUUCCUCUUAUACUAAAGCCUGUAGAGCGUAAUUUAAAGUUGGUCACAUUACAAGUCACACUUUUCGCAACGAUCGAAUUAAAAUUAGGCAUGGCAUAGCUCUACGUGAGAAAACAAACAUUAAAUAACAUUCUACGAACACUAAGCGUUACAAGAUGUUUUAUGAACAAACAAUAGAUUUAUUAAUCUUUUGCUGGAAAUAGAGGUAAGUCAUAUAUUAUUUAUUGCGCACGUAUGUAAAUUUGCAUACACACACAAGAGAACAAUCAAUAAAUCAACGAAUCAAUAGUUAAUACAAAAGUA